AUGGGAAAAGGUAAACCAAGAGGUCUCAACGCCGCGCGCAAGCUCCGCACCCACCGCCGUGACAAUCGCUGGGCCGAUCAGUCUUUCAAGAAGAGACUUUUAGGAACUGCCUUCAAGUCUUCUCCCUUCGGUGGAUCCUCUCACGCCAAGGGAAUCGUCCUCGAGAAGGUCGGUGUCGAGGCCAAGCAGCCUAACUCUGCCAUCCGGAAGUGUGUCAGGGUACAGCUUAUCAAGAACGGAAAGAAGGUCACCGCUUUCGUCCCCAAUGAUGGUUGCUUGAACUUUGUUGAUGAGAACGACGAGGUCCUGCUCGCCGGUUUCGGACGUAAGGGAAAGGCCAAGGGUGAUAUUCCCGGUGUUCGUUUCAAGGUCGUCAAGGUUUCCGGUGUUGGUCUUUCCGCUCUGUGGAAGGAGAAGAAGGAGAAGCCCCGUUCUUAA